AUCUGCUGAGCUCGACCUAAUCCUCGAGAACUGUAGUAGCUAGGCUGUAAUAAUGUUCUAAUGUAACCCCCCCCCCUCCCCAGUGCGUGCAGCGGAGAUAACAGGUGGGCGGCCAGAAGCGCAACUUUCCCUUUAAGACUUUCUGUCCAGGCUGCGUAGAGCCUUCAUGAAUGAAACCACGUGACCAAACAUCAUAUGACGUCUGGCCUCGGCACAAGAGAAAGAGGAUCAACAAGGAGAAGGCGGAGAGGAGCGGAGCUGCGAUUUCCCAGCCGAGAAGAGCGAGCAAACUUACUCACCGCCGCCUCAGCUCACACUUUUUCACCCUCUUCUGGCGCUGAAGACGGUUCCCGUCGGGGUUCGACAUCCCUCCCUGGAGUCAGUCAGCUCCGCGCGAACCUGACUGUGCCCUCAUAAAGGCUGGAGAAGAGGAACGGAGUGAGACGAGGGAGGAAACGGCAGCCAAAGAGAAAGGAGAGGAAAAGACGAGUGGAGAGGUGGAGGAGAGGAGAUCUGCGUGGUUUGGAAGCGGCUCUCGUGGCAUGACGACCACUAACAAGGGAAACAAGGCCUUGAAGGUGAAGCGGGAGCCGGGCGAGAAUGGCACGAGCCUCACGGACGACGAGCUUGUGUCCAUGUCGGUGCGGGAGCUGAACCAGCACCUGCGGGGUCUGACCAAGGAGGAGAUCCUGCAGCUGAAGCAGCGACGGCGCACGCUGAAGAACCGCGGCUAUGCUGCCAGCUGCCGCGUCAAGCGCGUCACGCAGAAGGAGGAGCUGGAGCGGCAGAAGGCGGAGCUGCAGCAGGAGGUGGAGAAGCUCGCUUCGGAGAACGCCAGCAUGAAGGUGGAGCUGGACGCCCUGCGCUCCAAAUACGAGGCGCUGCAGAGCUUCGCCAGGACUGUGGCCCGAGGGCCCGUGGCACCGGUCACCAAUGCCGCUGUGCCCAUCUCUGCCCGUGGCCCACUGGCCUCCGUCAUAGGGCCCCUCGUACCGGGCAAGGUGGGGGCCACCAGUGUCAUCACAAUAGUAAAGUCCAAAACGGACGCGAGGUCUUAGUACAGGCCAGGAUUUGUGGGAGAGGAUUGGGAGAGAAAAGAGAGAGCGCGAGAGGUUUGGUCAGUGCAUCACAAUUUAGGCACAUUUUAACCCAUUUUAAAGUCAAAAGGUCAAACUGCUACAAGUUUUACUCCUCACCAUAUGGGGAGGUCGAUGUGAAGGACACCCGAAACGGGGCAUCCUAUAAUAAUGCUUCCCAUCUGAUGUGGUCAGUUCAGCCUCUUCUUUUGUGUAAAGGAUGAGCCCACAUCAAGGACGCUUUAAUUAAAACACCUGGGCUUCCAGAAGCAUCUCCAAAUUAGAAAAGCUGAAAAAGAUGCAGCGAAAUCUGUUUUAGUAAGUGUCCCUAGUGACUGCAGUGAGCACUGUUGUUUAUAUAGUGUUCUGGUUUUUGUACGAUAUUGUUUGACUUUAGGGCCCAAGUGUAUUUUCUGUGUUUGUUUUGUUUCUAUGACGAUCUGUGAUUUUUAUGCAGCGUUUUUUGAGAUUCGUUGUGUUUCCGAUAUGCUGUAUUUUUGCUGUUUUUCCGUCCUUUUGUAUUUUUGGAGUCGGUCGAUAAAAAAAAGAAAAAAAAACAAAAACACUGAAGAGCGUAAAGAACAUAGACUUUAUGUUCUCUUCACGUUCUCUUCCUUUCUCGUUCUUCACCUCGGUCUUCUAAAGCAUCCGAACUGAACCUUAGACAUUUUAUGUGAUGGAUACAGUCUAAAUAUAAAGGUGCUUCAGAGAGUUUGAUUGAGACAUGCUUAAAGAAUCAGUUUCUAUUAAAUAAAAAUAGAACUUUUACAUUGACAUUAACUUUUUAAAAUGUUCUUCACACAUAUUUUUCUUAUUGUACAAAAAUGGUUCAAAUAGCCCUCAGUAGCACCUUUAUUGUUAAGAGUGUUCUGUCAAAAUAAGUCAGGUCAGAAAAAUGUGAGUUUGUUCAGGGCCCAUUCAUUGGUGUAUUAUCUCCACUUUGAGCUUUAAAAGCUUAAUAAUUCUGAAUAUUUUCCCACAAUGAUUACAGUGUAGAAAUAAGGUGCUAAGGCGUUCUCUGAGUGAGUCAGAGAAGAACCAUGUUUGGUUUCAUAAUAAAGACAUUUUUUGUAAAAACAAAGCUUUGCAAUUGGUAAAGAUCACUAAACAUCUUUUAUACAAAAUUGACCUUAAAUCCAGUUUCCAGUCUUGGAUCCAGUAAUUACUGAAAAGGGGAGGGGACAGUUGUGGCACUUGUACCAAUGAUCACAAAUUCCUGGAGCUGAAACUGGAUUCAAGGGCCAUAUUUGAAGACCUCAGAAGUUCAGUCAGAGAACCCUUUGUAGCACUGAUCAAAUUGUAGGAAAAACAGAUCUUGUUCUGGUCCCAUUCUUAGAGCAUUGUUGUGCUCAACUUCUUCCCUUCUUUCUCCUGAUCUUCAGAUUUGUCUGUGAAUGGCGGUCCUGAACACACUCUACUGUAGAUGCCAUCCAGAUGUAUAUUUGUUUAAAAAAAAAAAGAAGCCCUUGUCCCUUUAUCUGUGCCUAUUGUUGUGCACUGACCAGCCACUGCAGAAAAGGGAGACCAGAGGAGAGUGAGCUGAUGUUCGUUGUUCGUAUGGUAGCUAUCAGGAUUACUGAGACCAGUUUAUGUGAUUGGGUAGUCCUUUUUUCAGGAGAAAUAAUAAUAAAAAGGAUUUCUUUCUUUUUAUAAAAGUUUAUUGGCGAGGCAAUAAGAUAUUUAUGUUGUGAAAAAGGCUAAACUGCUGAUUUUUUUUAUUUUCCUUCGUGGAGCUAGUGAAAAGGUCGUCUUGUGUUUUUUAUAGUUCUUAUGCUGGCAAAAAAAGUACUUAUUUACUAUUUACUUUACAUUGAUUAUGAAGUAUUAGCUAUUAGCUGAUAGCUAGGUUAGUAGCUAGAUAAGUUUCCCCUGUCUUUGCCUUUUAGUAGCUCCAGAGAGGGAUCCGCAUCACUUGAUGGUUCGUCCCCCUUUUAAAAAUGUGGAGAAAAGUGGAAAAAAGGUCUUAAGUGUCGCAGGAAAAAGAAAACAACACUUCCUCUUCUUCUUCUUAUUCUUCUUCGUAUUUGAAACUGGGACUAUCUGGUUGCAUAAACCGGUGAACUCUCACAAGCUUUACCAUAAAUCUGUCGCUGUGACGUUGCGUAACGUAUUCUAAGAAUCUUUGUCUAUAUGGUGGAGUCUUGAAUUUUAUAUAAAAAAACAAACACACACACAGACAUAGAGUAUCUUGCAUUAUUUAUAAAACAUAAAAAGAAUAUAAAGUUGUUUGAUAUCUCUUUUUUGCAAUUGUACCAAAAGUGGCUUAACUAUUGAAGUUGAUAGCUUUUUCUAGUGACUAGGCGCGUAAAAACUGUGGACUAGCGCGUGUGGUGUGACGUGUAAGUGAUAAGGUGAUGGUACUGUUCACUAUUUUUGGAUGUGACGCUCUUCUGUUCUUACUUUGGCCAAACGCAGGUGAUAGACUUGCGUAUCCCACAAGCCUCCGCUCUCCCUUCCUAAUGCCUACCCCUUACAGUUUUUUUUUUUGUUUUGUUGUUUUUUGGAACAAUAGCACUUAAAUAAGUUGGGUCAACAUCAAAAUGCCAGAGGUAUUUAACAGAGGCGUUUUGCUGUCCCCUAGAAUUGGCCUUUUGAGUGAACUCCGCAGCAGAUGACAAGUUUGACAAAAAGUCAUGUGUUUUUUCCUUAAGGUUUAAAGGGGAAUUCCACCAGUUGUAUAAGGCUUUUUUUUACCAUAAUUCAGUAGUUGAAUAUGUUAAAGUCAUUCAGGUUUGGUUUGAGAUGAUUUAUUGAAGAGAAAUUUGCUAACUCUGAUUUAUCUACAGUAGUGAUGAUAGGAAUCAGAAGUACAUAAUUCUAGCCUUUUUAUUUACUAUCCAAAACAUGAAUAACUUGCUGCUACUGUUUUUUUUAAUUCAUCUUAACAACAGUACUAUAAAAACAGAUUUGUGCCAUCCUCACUUUUGGGAGAUGUCCAUUCUAAGAUACAGUCGUUGAAUCUUACAGAUACUGUUACAACACAAUAUACAUAUGUAUAAAUGCCUACCCCACAUUAAAGAAUUGACGUCAAAAACUAGUGGGAUUCCUCUUUAAAGGCUGCGGAGGAGCAGCAGUGCAACUGGGUGAGCUUUUGUGCUCUAAUGCCAAUGGGACUGGGCACAGUUUCCUUGACAUCAGCAAGACUGAGUCUCUGCGCCCUAUUUAGUGACAACUAUACUUGCUAUAUUUGUAUUCCUCUCUUUCUGGGGAAAAAGCAGCUUUUUGAAACUAUUGAAAUUGAAAUUCUCAGGAAAGUGGACCUACGGCAGGGGGUUUGUGGGAUACGAUUAAGGAUAGUGUGGUCUCAUCACCUCUGUUUGAUAGUCUAUUUUUUUUGUGAUGUGUGAUUUUUAUAUUUUUGGUGUAAAAUGUUUCUAUGGUAGAUUCUAUUUAAUGUAUUAUGUUGGGAUUUUAUUUUAUUUUUUUGGUUAUUUGUCAUUUUCUUUAAAUGCCAGGGAAGUGACACUGCACUGAUUUCAACAUACAAAACGAAGCGAAAGCACCGCUCUCGCUCUCGCUGCUCCCGCUGUCUUUCAAAAGGGCCUUCUGCUUCAGCUUAAAGUGUUAAAAGGGUUCCUGCGGGUGCAGCGCUGGAGUGCCGAGUGCGUCCCUGGUUCUGCCACUGAAUGCUCCAUGAGCUGCAGGUCGAGGGAGCACCGCGAAAGUAUUUUAUUGCGGAACAAAAAACCCUACGAUGAUUGUGUGGAAGGUCAUGUCUUUCACGUUAUGCUGAGAACAUGUUGUUAUACAAGUACUGUAUGCAACGGUACAGAGGUUUUCCUGUUACGGUAAAACGUAGCAAAAUGAUUAGCUCAAAUAGGCCCAGUAAGGCCUCACACCAGCCACAAUAUACUUGAUCUUUUAAGCCCCGUCUUAGUUAAACUAUACAUUAUUACAAUAUACCAUCUCCAGAGUUUGGAUUGUAAGUCUGAGUUUUCAGCUCCAGUCAUUCGGAAGGGCCACUGUGAUCCACAGUGUCUUCAGUGCACCUGAUUCACCUCAUGAAGGGCUUCAUAAUUAGCAGAUGAACUGAAGCAGGUGUGUUACGGUUUGAGAAGUGUGCAGCAUGGUGGCUCUGAAGACUCGAGCUGAGUGUGUGACAAUCCAAACAGAACCAUACAGCACUCAACUACUCCUUAUUCUACAAUCAGAAGCCUUUUAAUUACGUUGUUUUUCUUAUGUAAAUACAUAUCCACUGGACAGUUUUAUCAUGGCCUGAUUGGAUUUAGAUUGUUUGCCCACAGUACUGUGCAAAAGUCACCCUUCAUUCAUUUCAUUUCCACAUUUAUAAGAUGCUCCAACAUCUGAAUCUGCUGUCACUGCUGUCUGAAUGCUCAGAGAUCCACCUUUUUACCUUUAUUACAGCUUCAGUUUCAGUGUUUCUGCUGAAGAUUUUCGUACACCUCUUGGCACAUUUAGCAAUGCUGAGGUGGACUAGGGUGGACAAGAAGAAGCUGUACAGUUUCCCAUCAAUCCUGUUUAUCUGAUAGGGGUGGUUUUGGUGGUUUAUCAGGACCUGCACUAGUUUGGAACUUGUUUGAAAAAAAUCCCUUGAUUUGUAUCUUGCUCGUGUCCCCUCAGCCAUGUCUCCUCAUAAAUAAAUAACCUGGCUGCUUUAAGUGGAAACUAAAUGAAAGAUGGGUGAUCUUGACAUUUUCUUAGUACUGUAACAGGAUUUUUGGCAAAAUAAGGAUUAGCUUGAAACAGGCUAUUACUAUGGCAACUUGAACAGCCCCAAUAGGAAGCUAUUUCUAAAUGCACUGACUGUAAACACAACACACCGAAUCUGUGUUUAUACAGCUUCUGGCUGUAUUAGCUGAUGAUGUACUAUGGAACCGUUACGUUUAACGUUGUCCAGCAUGGAAAUCAGCACAUGCUGUUGGGGGUUUAAACGUACUUAUCAGGCCUUACACAUAAUGAGCUCCUUUUUAAAAGCUGCACUUAUCUGGCAUUUAGGUUUGGAUAACUAUUGUAGGUAUACAGUAUUUAUAUGGAUUCCUUUUUGUUUUUCUAUCAAUGUAAAUCAAGAAAAUGAACUUCCUCUGACUGGUUAAUCUGUGAAAUUGUUCUGUAAAUGGAGUCUUUGGUCCAUUUUUGGCGUUGCUUUCGUAACCAAUGGUAGCGUUCUCCUAUUGGCUGUGGCAGUUCUGUGGCGUGUCUGACAUAACAGUGUGAGCAGUGUGUUUUUAAGGGUUUUCAAAAUGAAUUCUAACUAGCUUACUAGCGAACAAUGGCGUGCUCCUCGUCCAAGUGCUCGUGUUCCAGGUAGCGCCACCACGCCUAGCUAUAAACUAACGCUCCUCCUCUUCCCCUUCUUCACCUUCGCUUCCUUCGGCGGGAGAGGACGAGCGGCUUGGCUUGUUCACGUACGUCAUUGUUGUCGUCGUUGUGGUGACUUGGUGUAGAAGUGAACAUAUGAAUUAUAUGCAAAUUAGCGGGCAGUAGGGAGGGCCCUUUUUGUUUUUUGUUUUUUUGGGACUUGCAGUUCAGUAACCACAGAAUUGAUCAUGAGAGACGCCAUUUUAUUCUAUUUAUUUUUUAUUUUCUUUUUUUUGCUGUAAAAUUCACUCAAGACUCCUCCCUUCACAAAUGAAAUACAUGUUGUAAUGUAAUGUUUAUCACAUGACGCAACAGUUGUUCUCAUUUUACCUCAGUGGUUGAGUUUAGAGUUUCUCUGAGCUGUACUUUUUUUUUUUUUCUCUGCUGCUAAUUACAAUUUCAGUGCCCCGCCCCGUUUUUAAACUCAUACUACAUGUCCCAAUAACCAAAAGCAGUGGUUAUUGAAAUACAGCAAAGUGAGACAAUCCUGGCUUGAAAACGAUGUGCUGCUGAGAACUGUCAGCUUUUUAAAAAAUGUAAUUUAGAUGACCCCAAGCCAAGCCGUGACCGGCUCUUUUGUCAGCAGAUCAAUAGCGAGCGCCGAGCCGAGCCAGAGCUCAGCAUAGUCUCAAGUGUCCGGUCCUGUUGCCUGGUGCACUACCCUAAAAACGCAAGACUUUGUCCUACUUCUUCCCGAGUGUAACUAUUAGUGUGUUAACCACGCUGUGCCGCGCUCAUACACUGUAUCGAAUGACUUCUAUUCAUUCUUGCCUUGUUGCCGAUAGCCCAGAUGUGUUUCUGGUCUGCCACGUUCCCAACAGAGCUUUCCUUUUUAGGCCUCCUGGGACGAGCAUUAAGAGGUUUUAUUUCUGGGCAAAGACAAAUGAGUCUCAAAUAGUCUACAAAGAGGCUCUUUUCUUUUUCUUUUUUUCAUUCCCGUCUCUUGUUAAGGUUAAAGAAACCCAGUUUUCUUUCCCCCUCCACUUCAUAACAGCCUGGUUUGUUUUUUCAGAGGUUUAAAUGAUUAACUCCUCAUCACGCCUGUUAACGUCUAAAGCCAUCCCUGUUGUUUUGGGACGAGCUCCUCACGCCACAGUUCUACAGCUUGUAAAUCAAUACAAUGAGGAUCCUAUGUUGAAGGGCACUGGGGUGUGUCAUUAGGCCUUUUGGGCCUUUUUUGAUUUGAAUGAAAUGAAAUGAGGCCGGUUGUCUGGAUGCGAGGCCGCACUUGGGAGAAAUAUGUUUCGUUGACCAAUGUUGUUUGUUUGCGACCUGAUUUGUUUGUUUGUAUGUUUGUUUGUUUACUGUCUUUCUUUCUUUCUUUUUUUCUUUUUGUCUCCCCUGUUCUUCCUCUUUGCUUCACUUAAACCACAUUCAAGUCCAUGUACAAACAGUGAGCUGAAGACUGCAAAAUUGACUACACCUUAUCAUAGGAGUGGUGUUUUUUUUUUUAAUUUUUUU